AUGAGUGGUCCUCAUUGUGCCCUGACGACCAAUCUUAUGGCUCCUUCGUCAAAUAGUGUGUAUGACGAGCAAGAAGACCUCAGAGUCAACAACAUCCUCAGUGCUUUUGACGAGUGGGAAUCGAUCAACUCCAUCCAAAAUGCCUGGAAACUGGUAAAACAGCUCUCUGGUAAACGUCCAAACACCGUUUUCAUUCAAGGUGAUGAUCGACUUGCCUCUUGGAAAUCCCAUUUUGAGAAGCUUCUCAGCUCUGAUAAUGCCUCCAAUGACCCAGUCUCCAUUGAUCCCGUCUUUGAUCCAAACCCUAACAUCCCAGCUGGCAAAUUCUCCCAAGCCGAGGUCAACAUAGCCAUUAAACAAAUGAAGCUUGGCAAGGCUCCUGGUCUAGACAACAUACCUAUUGAAGUUUGGAGGCUUCCUAAACUUAAGAAAUAUCUCACAAGGUUCUGCAAUGCAACCCUUGAAGGCAACCGCCCUCCAGAAUGGGGCUUUUCCGGCAUCGUCCCAGUUCCAAAGAAAGGGGACCUCACCAUCCCAGACAACUACCGGGGAAUCAGCCUCUCUCAAACUGCUGCCAAGGUAUACAAUCGACUACUUCUGAAUCGCAUUCGACCGGAAGUUGAGAAGAUACUCCGUCCCAAUCAAAGUGGCUUUCGGCCUCUACGUUCAACCUCAUCUCAAAUCCUUGCCCUCAGGCGCCUUAUUGAGGAAAUUCGUAACCACCAGAAGGAAGCUGCCAUCAUUUUUAUCGAUUUCUGUAAAGCAUUUGACUCUGUUGACAGACCAACAAUGUUUAAGAUCCUGCAUGCUUACGGUAUCCCGGAGGAGACCACUAAUGCCAUCAAAAAGUGUUGUUGUUCUCACUCCCGAAGGAGUAGUAGACACCCUGCCCAAUAUCUAUCCGACCUAGAUUAUGCAGAUGACAUUAGUCUGCUUGCAGACACCCUCCUUGAUGCCGAAUCUCUCCUCCAUAAAGUAGGAGCUUGCUGCAAGUCCGUUGGUCUCUCUCUUAACGCAAAGAAGACUAAGGACAUGUACAUGGUCAUCAACCCAUCUUCCUCUGAUGACGUCACUGCACUAGAUGGCAGUAAGCUCGAUAAAGUUGAUGACUUCAAGUAUCUGGGCUCCUACACCAACACAGCUCAUGACAUCGAGUGUGUUUAA